AUGAACGUUUCACCUUUCCGUAAGCACAGGCAAGACAUCAGUGCACAGCUGGUCCUAAAAUGGGAUCGCUUCGGUCCCGAACAAGAAAUUGAAUUGAUCGACGACAUGUCACGUCUGACCUUUGACACGAUCGGGCUCUGCGCCUUCGGCUACCGCUUCAACGAGUUCUAUACCGACGGACCACACCCUUUUAUGAGGCAGCUGAAAGAGUCAAUCGUAGAAUCAGGAAAGCGCGCCAAUCGGCCGGACCUGAUGAAUCAGUUCUAUUUCCGUGGCGACGAGCACCAUCGCCAGGAGAAUAUCGUCCAAAUGAGGCAACUAUGCAGCGCGAUCAUCCAGGAAAGAUUGCAAAACCCCAAGCCAGAUGCAAACGACUUGCUGAAUACGAUGCUCCAUGGAGUCGACCGAGACACCGGUGAGAAAAUGGGAGUUGAGAAUGUGAUCUUCCAAAUCCCAACGCUCCUUGGUGGUGGGUACGAGACGACCAGCUCCACACUCUGCUUCAUGUACUAUUUCCUGUGCAACAAUCCAGACAAACUGCAGAAAGCUCGGGAAGAAGUAGAUAGCAUUGUUGGCCAUGGCGUCCUCCACUAUGACAUGCUGCGGAACUUGAAGUAUCUCGACGCGGUGAUGAAGGAGGCGUUGCGCCUGCAGCACCCUGUCAGCUUGCUGACCCGGUUUGCAACUCGAGACACAGUAAUUGGCGGUAGGUAUCUGAUCAAAAAGGGACAGACUGUGUCUGGAAUCUGGCGCCAUUUCCACCGCGACCCCGACGUUUGGGGCGCGGACGCCGAUGAAUUCCGACCCGAACGCAUGUUGGAUACGAACUUCUCGAAAUUACCGACAAACUCCUGGAAACCGGUAAGUGUGCCAAGCCUAUCAUUCACCUUCGGCGACGGCUUGCGGGCGUGCAUUGGUCGUGCCUUUGCGGAGCAAGAGAUUCUGAUUAACCUAGCCAUGGUGCUGCAAAAGUUUGACAUUGAAAAGGUCAACCCAGCAUAUGAACUAGACCUGACGGGUCAAAUGGGUGUUAAACCAGUGGAUUUCAAGAUUAGGGUUCGUCGUCGCUCAGACCGGACUUUGACAGAUGGAAUCCCUGGAGGAAUCACGAUUCAGACGUCUACCAUGCCAUCUCAUCCACGGAUCCAGAACCAGUCGCGCGGCACCAACCGACCUUCGAAGACGAUCCCCGUUUCUGUCUUUUGGGGGGGUAACCAAGGGACCUCGGAAAGUCUGGUCCAGAUUCUCUCAAGUAUUGGCCCUGAAUUUGGCCUCGAUCUCGAUAUCCAGGAACUUGAUGCUGCAACCGGGAGCCUGCCGACCGACAGGCCAUGCAUCAUUAUCACGCCGUCGUAUGAAGGCAGACCGCCCGAUAACGCGAAGCAGUUCGUUUCCUGGAUUGAGAGUCUCCUGUCAAAGGGGCUCCAGUUGCAAGAGAAGCCGAAAUUUGCUGUGUUCGGUGUAGGAAACAGUGACUGGGUACACACUUUCCAUCGCGUACCAACCUUCAUCGACGAUGCUCUCGAGAAGCUAGGUGGAGAGCGUAUCAUGGAGGCUGGUUUUUCGAAUGUGAAACGCGACCUCAUUGGUCCAUGGGAAGCAUGGAGUGAGCAGUUGUGCAUGACUUUGUCAGGCACGACGAUGCAGAAGUCUCUGGACCGAGUUGGCGUUGACGUGCAGAUCGAGCGCGGUACGCUGGGGCCCAUCGCCCAAGUCCUCUACGGCGAGGCAAUGACCAAAGCCGUCGUCACCACCAACAUCGAACUGGCCGACACUACAAUAGGGCCCGCAAAACGGCACGUCGAAGUGUCUCUCCCUGCAAACUGUGAAUAUCGCUCGGGCGAUUACUUGGUUGUCCAGGGCCAAAAUUCGGAUGAAGCCGUGUCCCGAGUUAUGUCUCGAUUCGGUCUGUCUAUUGGGGACUUGAUGACCGUUCAAUCAAGCAAAAAGGAGUUUCUCCCCAGUCGACCGAUGGCAGUGGAGCGAUUCCUUCAGGACAGGGUCGAACUUGCGGCGCCUAUCAGCAAACGACAGCUCGAGAUCUUGGCCUCUUUCGCCAAAGACGGUAGCGACGAACGUACACAGCUGGAGAACAUGCAUGUCGAUACGAAUUACCAGCAGAUUUUGGAUAAGAGAUACUCGGUGAUCGAUGUUGUCGAGGAGUUUCCACACCUUGACCUACCCUUCGGGGUCUACAUUGACCUGCUCCUCCCCUUGUCGCCACGGGUAUAUUCCAUUUCCUCGUUCCCCGGGGAAACAAGUAAGAAUUCACCCGGUGACUCAAUUGCCGCGAGCGUUACGUUUGACGUCUUCGAGGCCGAGGCCCUGAGUGGUCACGGCACCUUCCGUGGUGUUGCAAGCUCCUACCUUGGCAGUCGGAAGCCAGGAGACUCAAUCUUGUGCUGCAUUCGACCGAACAAAACUCCCUUCCAGCUCCCUUCAAAUACGGAGACGCCUGUUAUUAUGGUUGCUGCAGGGACUGGCAUCGCUCCUAUGCGUGCUUUCUGCCAAGAACGAGCGGCCCUUUCUCGCGCCCAACAGCGCAGACUUGGCCCCGCUCUGCUCUAUUACGGCUGCAGACAUCCCGAGAAGGACUAUAUGUACCGAUCUGAAUUCGAAACCUGGGAGCAAGAAGGGAUUGUGGAGCUUGUUCCCUGCUUUUCAAAAUUCGAAGGAGGUCAGAAACGUUACGUGUCGGAUGCAUUAUGGGAGCAGCGCGAGCGGGUCUGGGGUAUGUUUGAGAGUGGAGCAAGCAUAUACAUUUGCGGAAGUGCCGGCAAGGUUGGAAGAAGCGCAGCCGCAACGUGGAGGCAGAUUUGGAUGGAGAAGACGGGAAACAGCGAGACGGAUGCAUUGGAGUGGUUGGACACACUCAAGAAUGACCGAUAUAUUAGUGACAUUUACUGA